CCCACACUAGAACUUUUCCAACUCCCAGUCUCUCUAUCCCCAUCACCCGGCUUCUCUCCUGGAAACUUAGCGAUGCCACCGAGCGGACUUGACGAAUGGCGGUCGGCCAGGUCAUCGAAACCUGGGCCUUUUCCCUUCCGCCAACCCCCGCCUUUCCAAGAUACAUGUCCGUGACUCACACUCGGUCCACCUUACAAAAGGUCCAUAUCGAUGGAGCCGACUUGCAAUGCUUGGACCCGGAAAGCAAAGCAGGGGACUUUAUAGCGCUGAAGCCAGAGCAAGAAUGUGUUGUAAUCAUGAGUGCUUGUCCGAUGGAUUUGAGCGUCUGUAACGAGGACGAGCCUAGCAGCGCGAAAUUCGACGUUAGUUCAGCUGGGAUGUUUAGUUUCUGGUUCUUUCAACUUUCACAAUGCAGACAUUCAAGGCUAGGCCGCAAGCUUGUUCGUCUCAGUCGCCAGCAAAGACCAAUACAUAAUGUAAUGCAGUCUCGUGAAUAAAUCCAUAAAUUUGGAUAU